AUGCGUCUUUUACUCCCCGUCAUUGCGCUACUUGGUGUAGCUUCGUCCGUCUCUGCAGCUCCCGCAAAAGCUCCACGAGCAAUCCAACAUGAGCUCCCCGAUGGCAUGCCCUACCCAAGCCCAAGCGAGUUGUCGCUCAUCGAGCAAGCCGCUCAUGGCACACUCCCAAAUGGCCCACCCCCAGCUGUCAUCAGUAACAAAGGUAUCACCAACCUCCAGCUGAUCGCAUUCAACGAGCUCUUUGAAGUGGCUUACUUCCACGAACUCCUCUUGAACAUCACCGAAAAUGUCGACGGCUACCGCUUCACUGAUACGGGGGAUCGUGACUUCGUAACCGCAGCCUUGAGAGCCAUUCUGGCACAAGAAGAGCUUCAUGCAAUUCGUGCGAACAAUGCUCUCGUUCACUUCAAUCAAAAGCCUAUCGAGCCGUGCGAUUACGUUUUUCCUGUUCAAGAUUUUGACUCCGCCAUCGCGCUCGCCUCUACCUUCACAGACCUGGUUCUCGGUACGCUGCAAGAUGCGGUCGAGCGUUUUGCCAUAGGUCAGGAUGUCGAUCUUGCUCGUGAGAUCGCUUCCGUUAUUGGCAAUGAGGGUGAACAGCAAGGCUGGUUCCGGGUCAUGCAGGCUCGUAUUCCUAGUGAACUUUCUUUCCCCACGACCUCGGAUCUCAACUUCGCAUUCACCGCUGUGCAGGGCUUCACCGUGCCCGGUAGCUGUCCCAAUAUCGAUGAGAUCCCACUGCGUACAUUUGAGGACUUGAAAAUUCUCACGAAGCCGAAGACCGAGUCGCAAAAUCUCACUUUUGCUUUUGAGGAUAAAGACAACGAGGCCGAGCACCUUUUAUGGAUAACGUACAUCAACCAAUUGAACUUGCCGGUUGUUGAACCUUUGCAUGUCGUUUCGAAGAACGGCUCUCUAAUUGAAGCAACCGCACUGUUCCCGUAUGACGACCACGAAUUGAAUGGAUUCACCAUUGCCGCUGUGACCACGAGUGAUGGUCCGUUUGAUAACGCGAACUCAGUUGCCAAGUGGACGCUUGCGGGACCUGGACUCAUUAUUGUUGAUUGA